UUGAUUACUUCCAAUUUUGAUUUUCAGAUUUCAAGUUUGAAAGCUUUAAAAGUUUCGACUUUAUAAGUGUAUAUUGCGUAAGCUUUUAUGUUGGAAGCUUCUUAUUUGAAUUCCAAAAUUCAUCAUAAGUACCUUCAGUGGUUUCAGUAAUGUAUCAAGUAAUGCAUCUCUGCAUCAAUUGAAGAGUUCUUCAUUGAAGUGAUAAGUCUCCUAAUUUCUAUGAUGGCCGUCUGCAUGAUACAUUUCAUUUAAAAUUAAUGAAGCAUAAAGUCAACUUUGUGUAAAAAUGACCAUCAUUUUCACGAAACAUAAGAACACAUUAAGGUAGUACACCCAUUUAUUCGAUUUAGUAUUGCGUAUCUACUCAACAACUUAACUCCACGAUGGACAGCGAGGAAGAACCUUUUCUUCGAAACAUCGAAUGGCACAUGAUGGAUAAAUCAAAAUUUUUCCCAUUAAGCAUGCUUAGCCAUUUCUGUGUUCGCGGUACUUUAUAUCCGUUGACUUUGAUUAAAACUAGGUUACAAUUACAGAAGCACGAUCAGAUGUAUAAAGGUUUGAUCGAUGCUGGUUCGAAGAUUUACCGUACGGAAGGUGUUUCUGGACUCUACCGUGGAUUUUGGGUGAAUUCGAUUCAAAUAUUUUCCGGGCUGUGUUAUAUUGGUACCUAUGAAGGCGUCAGGCAUGUCAGUGGACAGUAUAAUAUGCAUCCUCAAGUUCGGACGUUGAUUGCCGGAGGUUGCGCUUCUCUAGUCGGUCAAACUAUCAUCGUACCAUUUGACGUAAUUAGUCAGCAUCUGAUGCUGUUGGGGCUAAUUGAACGAAAUUCAGGACCUGAUAAGAAGUUCGUUCUGUAUCCGCUGGGGAUCACUAUAAAUCCAACCAGAUCGAAAUUUCAAACAGCAAUUGACAUUGGACAAUUCAUCUAUUAUCAAGACGGCGUAUUAGGCUUUUAUAGAGGUUAUAUAGCUUCAAUGUGUACAUACGUUCCUAACAGUGCAAUUUGGUGGGCAUUAUAUCAUAUGUACCAAGAGAAACUACGAAUAGUAUUACCGGAUGAUAUAUCGCAUUUAUUUGUUCAGUGUGUGGCUGGAACGUUUGGUGGUUUUACAACUACUCUUGUUACCAAUCCAAUGGAUACGAUUCGAGCUAGACUACAGAUACAAAGAACAAAUUCCAUAUUACGUGCUUUUAGAUCCUUGUGGUAUGAAGAAGGUGUAUGGAUGUUUACCAAAGGUCUUUCCGCAAGAUUAGUUCAAUCUGUAUGUUUUAGUUUUUCCAUUAUUUUAGGCUAUGAGACUAUAAAAAGAAUUAGCGUCAGAGACGAGUAUAAAGAUCAUGUUAGAUGGUAGUUUAAUUUUAAAAUACCACUUCGUUUGUUAUUCAUUUUUAAAUGUUACCGAUUGUACCUUAGCAUAUGAUGUACUCUGUUUUAUUAUUUUAUUAUGUCAUUAAAAAGUCAGUUGCUUGCAUAGACAUAA